GAUUUUUCUAUGGCAAGGAGCGCUCUGUGGUGAUAACUCUCCCCGGGGUCGAAAAUAGGUAUACGAGCCGUAGAGGGCAACGAGCGGCAGUGAAGACCGAGAUGGAUCGGUACCAAAAGGUAGAGAAACCGAGGGAAGAGACCCCGAUUAAUGAGAACGAGAUUCGUAUCACGGCUCAAGGGAGGAUGCGCAACUAUAUCUCGUACGCCACCAGCUUGCUUCAGGAAAACGGUUCAAAUAAGAUUGCCUUAAAGGCAAUGGGAAGAGCUAUUAACAAGACUGUUUUGAUUGUGGAACUGAUUAAGAGACGUAUAGUUGGCCUUCAUCAAAAUACUGUAAUUGGAUCUACUGACAUAACUGAUACAUGGGAACCAUUAGAGGAAGGCUUACUGCCGCUUGAGACUACAAGGCAUGUCUCAGUAAUCAGCAUAACUUUAUCCAAGCAGGAGCUGGACAAAUCAGCUGUUGGGUAUCAACCUCCUUUGCCUAGAGAUCAGGUGAAACCCUUUGUUGAAUUUGACUACGAAGGAGAAGGAUCUCCUGUUGGUCGAGGCAGAGGGCGGGCUCGAGGAAAUGGCCAAACAGAAUACGAUGAUGGAAGUUGGGAUGAUAGAGUUCAUGGAUACAAUAGAGUUGGCUAUGGACGAGGCAGAGGCCGACGGUACCCUGGGCGAGGCAGGGGUGGAUAUGGUGGCCAGCCUGAUUAUCCACCGGAAAUCAGCGGCUACGCCUACAACGAUGAAGUUCCCAUAAACAAUCAGGGAAGAGGCCGUGGUCGCGGACAAGGUCCAACUCGAGGAAGGGGUCAUAACUUGAAACGGAAUGGACCGAUCAAUGUCGGUGCUUAACGGGUUGAUCUCCCAUGCUAUAUGUCUGCAUUACGACUGGAUCGAUAGCAUUGGAAGAUUGUUCUGAUGCAAUGAACUUGACGAUUCCAGAGUUUUAGUUAGAUGCUAGGAUUUUGACCAUUGGAGAGCAGUACAUUCUUUCAUUCGUUGAAGAAAUUUUUUGUUUUAUUUGAA